UAUGUAUCGUAUGCGCAAGCGCAAUCUGUCUGGCGGGCGAAUGACAACCAGCUGAUAUAUAUGUUUGGGGUUUGAUAUUGCUUUCUGGUGGUUUUCUGUGAUUAGAGUUUAUGUAAUAAUUAAUCCUUACGUCUCCUCUGUAAUCUGUACCGAACCUUAGCAUUCAAACUUUUUACGGAGAAAAAAUGGAUAAGAAGAGAUACGGGGUUCAUAAUGACUUGCUUCAGAGUUUAAAAGAUUUUCAAAUCAGUUUGCGGCGAACCACGAUGCCAUUCGUCACAUUAGCAAAUGUCAGUAUCAACAGCGGGGAGGCCCUGCGCUUGAAUAUACAAGCUGAAGGGGGUCGUAUCUCCAUUCCCGAAUUUCCUUUAGGACCAAGGGGUCUUCAGAGGUUCCGGCCACCAAGGCAGACUCUCAUUGAGAUAGGAACAACAAAAGUGAGAAUAGAUUUAUUUAGAGGAGUAUAUAUCAUUAUAGAAUUUGACACAACUGACGAAAGGGCCAUUUUCAUAACAACGAUGGGAAACCUGAACGAAGAAUCCAGUUCAAGCGAUUCAAGCUCCUCGUCCAGAGACAGUAGUCUUGAUGGUGGCGGCGAGAGCGACGAGAGCGGGUUCAGGGGGACAACAGAAAAUGAAAUCUAAACUUUUGUAGAAAAAUGAUAAAUAAAUCGAUGUGGGAUUUAA